GCAACCAGACACCCUCCUUGUCAGCGAUGCUGCUGCUUUUCCUGCUGGCCCUGUUGUGGGCAGGGUCCCUGGCUCAGGAUGGAAGAUACAAGGUGACCAUACAGGGGCCUGUGACAGUGCAGGAGGGCCUGUGUGUCUCUGUGCCCUGCUCCUUCAUCUACCCGGGGAACAAAUGGUAUUAUGCUCCCCCCACUUAUGGCUACUGGUUCCGGGAUGGGGCUGAGACAGACUGGGAUGCUCCAGUUGCCACAAACAAGCAAAAUCGUGAAGUGCAGGAGGAGACCCAGGGCUGAUUCUUCCUCCUUGGAGAUCCCAGGAACUACAACUGCUCCCUGGACAUCAGAGACGCCAGGAGGACAGAUGGUGGAUUGUACUUUUUCCGGGUGGAGGGAGGAACUAUGUUAAAACAUUCUUUCAUACAGAACAAGCUCACCAUGUGUGUGGAGGCCCUCAAUCACACACCUGACAUCCUCAUCCCAGGGGCCCUGGAGUCUGGCCGCCCCAUGAACCUGACCUGCUCUGUGCCUUGGGCCUGUGAGCGGGGCACACCCCCCCUCUUCUCCUGGAUGUCAGCUGCUCAAAGCUCCCUGGGUCCCAGGAAACAACUGUCUUCUGUGCUCACCCUCACCCCACGGCCUCAGGACCAUGGGACAAACCUCACCUGUCAGGUGCAAUUUCCUGCAGCAGGUGUGACUGUGGAGAGAACCAUCCAGCUCAAUGUCACCUGUGCCACGCAGAACCCAGCCAUUGUUGCCUGCCUGGGAGACGUCCCAGGGGAACAAGAGACCAGGGCAGACAUGAUCCAUGGGGCCGUCGCGGGAGCUGGUGUCACCGGGCUGCUGGCUGGCUGCCUCUGUGCCACCUAUUUCCUAGUGAAGAGGACCCGCAGGAAGACAGCAGCCAGGCCAGCAGGGGGCGUGGACGACACCCACACUGCCAUGGUGCCUGCUCCCUCGGGUCACCAGACAAAGCCCACAUCAGACAGCCCUGCUGACCCUACACACUCUACAUGGGACAGCCUGAUCUUGGAAAAAGAGCCAGAGGUGUAUUAUGCCUCCAUCAGAUUUCAGAAAUGA